AUGUCGUCUACCAAAGGGAGCAACAUCGUUAGUCCGUUGCACGGUCUUAAUGUGCCCAACCUUGAGAACUUCGUUCUGCCAAGCAGUAUAGAUGAUGAAAAUGUUGAUAAUCAUGAUGGUAUGUUAUCUAGUGAAGAGGCAAACCAUGUUGAGUGGAUGAUCACCGAGGAUGGUGAGUUAUACGCGGUGCCAACUGAGAAUGCCACCGAAGAACAAGCAUGUGACAGUCUGAACAAUAUACUGUCACGUUUCUAUGUGCCAUCGACGGAUGAGGAGGGAAGUUUCAGUGUUCCAAAUAUGGGAACCAUUGGCGAGCAUGGGCUAGAACUGGAAGAAGUGAAUGGAGACAUGUUCGAUGUACCAUUGAUCCAGGCGAAUGGUGCGUUUGGAGCGAUGAAUAAGUAUGGAGACGAUGAUGAGUAUGACAUGCUAAUGCUUAUGGGAAAUGACGAGGAAGAUGAGAGUGGAGUCAUAGAGAAUGAGAUAGAGAACGAGUUAGAGCAGGCGAUCGAUAAGUUAAUAGCCUACAAGGCGGAUUCAUGUUGGGAAGGUGAAAUGUUUAAGGGAAAUGAACCGAGUGAAGAUGAAGGAAAUGGAAGGCUUGAUGAAGAAAAGUCGAAAGGGAAGUUGGUUGACAAGGCGGAAGAAAACGAGAGAUGGAAGGGAAAGAGAGCGGCAGAAAUGGGAAUGGAAUCGGAGAAGGCCAAGGACCAACGGAUCGUUGGAGUAAACCCGCUUCCACUUGGGAUGGAAUAUGGGAUUAACACCAAGGUUAAGCCCAGAAUACAGGCAACAGCGAGGAAGUCAGUUGGGAAGAAGUUGGCCACUCCGGCUAAGCGCCCGUGUGAGAUAUGCAGCCAUACCGAUCAUCCGACCAAAGAAUGCUUGUAUCCACCACAUACUAUGCCAUAUAUGGAUGAUUGUGCUAAGUGUUCUUGUUGCGGAGGGGUGGGACAUAUGUCCAUGUACUGCCCGUACGUUGCACCGAAUGCGAGCGAAGGAUCUUCGAGAGGAGUCAGGCCAUUAAUGACUACGGUAGCGGAGGAGAAGUGUUUGAAUGAAGGGAUGCCCUCGUUUUUGUGGGUAAGGAGAUUCAAAACCUUUGUGAAAAUGAUGGGAGAAUUCAUUGAAGUUGGGAAUGACCAAAGCCAAUUGACUGCAUAUGCCCAAACGUUGCCAAAACUUCAACGGGCAAAGAUGAGCAUGAAUGGGCACGAAUGGGCAAAGAUGGGAAAAGUUGGACGUGCCGCGGCCAAGUUUGCCCUACCGGCCGCGGAACUGACAUGGGUAGGACACCUCACUCGCGGUGCCUUGCGGCUCAACCGAAGCUUAUGGGGCGGUGGAGUGACACCUGUCGCCACUUGUCGCCAAGCCUUACUUUCAGGAUGGCUUUACGAAAAAUUCCAUUUAGUUGAAGUAGGACCUGAGACACCUGUCGCCUGUGGGCACGACAUCUGUUCAGACAUGUGGCAGCAGGCGGGGAUCGUCGACUGUGGUCUAGGAGAUUCGCCUGAGACCUAG